AUGGUCGGCACUUACCUGGCGGAGUACUGCGUGGACAAGAAGAGGAGCGACCCGAGCUGGAUGGCUGGGAUGGAGCUCGUCAUCGUGCCAGUUGUCAACCCAGAUGGGCUCGUUUACUCACAAACUUCGAAUGCGAUGUGGAGGAAGAACAGGGCCGUGAACGCGGGGUCUUCCUGCCGAGGUGUCGAUCUGAACCGCAACUGGCCCAAGGACUGGAACGGCGGCGAGUCGACGUCCACGAACCAGUGCAGCGAGACCUACGUGGGUCCCUCGUGGGCUUCGGAGCCCGAGACGCAGGCGCUCGGGGCUGUGCUGCUCGAGGCCCCUGUGAAUCUGCACCUGGACAUCCACUCCUAUGGAGAGAUGAUCCUGGGACCCUGGUCGUACACGAACGCCGAUCAUCCCGACAAGGCCACAAUCGACGCCAUUGGAACGGCUAUGCAGAGCGCCAUACAGAGCGUCAACGGGAAGUCCUACCUCUACGGCACCGGCGAUGCGGGCGGAGCGCUCUACCUCGCCUCCGGCGUUGCGCCCGAUUUGUCCACCCACUUGGGCGCUUACGGCUACACGAUCGAAUUGCCGCCUGCCGACGCAUGGGGCAGUGCUGGUUUCCAGCCUGCCACUUCGGAGAUACUCCCAGCGUGCACCGAGAUCUUCGAGGCCGUCAAGGCGAUGGUGGAGUGGUUCAGGGUUCAGGAUCCGACUCCAGCUCCCCCCACCGUGCCUCCAACACCAGUGCCGCCACCGACGCCAGGGCCGAUGUGUGGCGAGAAGGGCCCCGACGACACUUCCUGGGACACGCGACGCGGCGAGCGAAUCGUGGGAGGGCAAGACGCCACGCCAUGCGAGUGGAAGUGGCAAGUCUCCCUCGCGCACCCGAGCUGGGGGCACUUCUGCGGUGGAACUCUGAUUGCCCCGAACUGGGUCCUGACAGCUGCCCACUGCAUGGGGAACUCUUUCGUCGUCGUGGCGGGCAGCUACAGACAACUUGCGACAGAUGCGACAGAGGUGACGUUGACAGUGAAGCAAGUCUAUUCGCAUGAACUUUACGACUCAAGCGAAACAUCGCACGAUUUUGCCCUAGUGGAGCUGGAUAGCGACGCGCCCAUGGACGAUUGCAUUGGAGUAGCAUGCUUGCCAACCGAGGACGUCGCUGUCGGUGAGGAGUGCUUCAUCACCGGCUGGGGUACCGUCUCCUCGGGAGGAUCAUCCCCUAACAGGAUGCAGGAGGCGCAAGUGACCAUCUACAGCAAUGCAGAUUGCGCUGCGGCAUACAGCAACUUUGGCUGGGCGAUCACCGAUGACAUGCUGUGCGCGCACGGCACGAACGGCAACGGCGAAACCACCGACGCUUGCCAAGGAGACAGUGGCGGGCCGCUCGUGUGUGCUUCUGGCAGCGAUGCCUACACCCUGCAUGGAGCCACUUCUUGGGGCUACGGGUGCGCCGUGACAGGUUACCCGGGAGUCUGGAGUCGAGUCAACUUCGUGCGCGAUUGGGUCUACGACGUGAUGGGGACCACUCAGGCCCCAACUUUACAGCCUACGCCGGCUCCGCCGACGCCAGCUCCGCCGCCGACGCUGGCGCCUACGCCGACUCCAACGUCAGCUCCUACCCCAUCUCCGCCGACGCCACCCUGGGACUACAUGUGGCUUUCAGUUACUGGCCCUUGCAGUCUAACUGGGGACUGUGUGCAGAGCCCGAACUAUCCACGCAAAUAUCAGAAUAAUCAGGCGUGCGCAAUUGAGGUAUACCUGAAAAACGUAGGGGCGAUCUCCGUGGAGAGAUUCAUCACAGAGAGUUAUUUUGACACGCUCACCGUCAACGGAGUGGCCUAUUCUGGCAGAAACGGUCCUGAUGGAAUAACCCCGACCAGCACCGUCUAUUGGAAUUCCGAUUACUCCGUGAGGGGCAGAGGGUGGAAAUUGUGCAAAACACCAGAGCCAACGCCGGUUCCAACACCGCCUCCACCAGUUCCAACACCGCCUCCGACUCCACCGGCCUGCAUCAAUGGCGGCGGCUGGGGGCGGCGGCGGCGGAGCUGUGGUCCAAACUGCGGUGGCCGCGGUCGGCGGCGGCGGACUUGCCCGGUCCGGCGGUUGACUGAACUGAGUGGACCCGAAGUCGAUGAGCACGAGGGGAUCGAUGAGCUGAUGGUAGUGGCCACGCCGGCGCCCGCUCUUGUGGCCCAGAUCCCGCAGAUCCCGCAGAGUUCCGAUGCUGAUAUCUUUUACCCGUAG